AUGGCCCAAUCAACCGCCCACCGCCGCCUCCUCCAGGAAUACCGCGCCCUGACGAACAACCCGCCGGAGGGCAUCACCGCCGGCCCCGUUUCCGAGGACGACCUCCUCCAGUGGGAGGCUCUGAUCCAGGGCCCCGAGGGCACCCCCUUCGAGGGCGGCGUCUUCCCUGCCGAGCUCAAGUUCCCCAAGGACUACCCCCUCGCCCCGCCGACGAUGAAGUUCCUCGUCGACAUGUGGCACCCCAACAUCUACCCCAGCGGCCUCGUCUGCAUCUCCAUCCUCCACCCGCCCGGCGACGACCCGAACCACUACGAGCACGCCUCCGAGCGCUGGUCCCCCAUCCAGUCCGUCGAGAAGAUCCUCAUCUCCGUCAUGAGCAUGCUCGCCGAGCCCAACGACGAAAGCCCCGCCAACGUCGAGGCCGCCAAGAUGUGGCGCGAGCGCCGCGGCGAAUACGAGCAAAAGGUCCGCGACGGCGUCAGGCGCUCUCUGGGUUUGUAA